UGCAGUCAUAUGACAUUACUAGCUAAUAUGGCUGCGCCCACACCAGUCCAUCUAUAACCAUAUAGCCUACACGUGCGUUGUGUUGUCCUGUAUCAGUUUCUGCCAUUAGUUUGCGUGCCAAACCAUGGCACAAAAAGUAGAACGAUUCUGCAGUCCUGGAAAAGGGAAUGGCUUACGCGCUGUUAGCUCGCUAAAAGCCGGCGAACUGUUGUUUUCAGCUGAGGCUUUUGCAUCUAGCGUUUCCAAGAGAGUAAUGAAGUAUACAUGUGAAAACUGCUUAUCAAGGAAGGACAAGCUACUGCGCUGCUCUCAGUGCAAGAUUUCUCGUUACUGCGAUGCCAGUUGCCAGAAACGGUCCUGGCCAGAGCACAGGGAGGAAUGUCGGCGCCUCAAACGUCUCCAUCCGACAGUCCCCACAGACUCCGUCCGGCUGGUGGCCAAAAUCCUCUCCAAAUUGGUAAACCGGUCCCACGGUCCAGCUGAGGAGCUGUACUCUUUGGAAGAACUCGAGUCACAUCUCUCCGAGAUGAGUGAGGAGAAGAAGAGUGAGCUGGAGGAUCUGGGCGUGGCGUUGAGGCUCUUCCUGAAAGAGGAGGCCGACGAUUUGUCUCUGCUCCCACCCGGUCUGGACCCCAUCAGCAUCAUCGCCAAAGUGACCUGCAACUGCUUCAGCAUCAGUGACGGAGAGCUGCAGGAAGUGGGAGUGGGUCUCUAUCCCAGCGUGUCCUUGUUGAACCACGCCUGCGGGCCCAACUGUGUGAUGGUGUUUGAGGGAGGGACACUCCGUCUGCGGGCGGUCCGGGACAUCCGACCCCUCGAGGAGCUCACCAUCAGCUACACGGACGUGAUGACGCCCAGCCAGGAGCGCAGGAAAAGGCUGCAGGAGCAGUACUACUUCCUGUGCGAGUGUGAGCGCUGCACCAACACUGAUAAGGAUGCAGACAUGCUCUCUGGACCAGAAGAGGACUGGAUGCCCCUCAGACAAAAUAUUCCUCGACUAGAACUCCUCCAAUCAGAGCAGAAGUGGGAGGAGGUCCGGAUGGAGAGCCAGACUCUCGCAUGCGGCUGUGCUGACUCUGUCCCAGACAGGAACGUCUACCUGCUGCGGCUGCUGGACUUUGCCCUGGACGCCUGCAUCAACCUGGCCCAGUGGGAAAAGGCUUUGGAGUUCGGCACCAGAACCCUGCAGCCAUACAGGCUGUACUACCCUGAUCCCCACCCCGCCCGGGCCAUCCAGCUGAUGAGAGUGGGCAAGCUGCAGCACUUUCUGGGCAGUCUGGCCGAGGCGCGAGAGACCCUGGGACAGGCCUAUGAUGUCAUGAAGGUGACCCACGGCGACGCGCACGCGCUGACCGCGGAGUUGAGGAGUAAGCUGGAGGAGGUCCGGGCGGAGAUGGACAGCAGCUAACCGUCCCUGGAGGCACAGAGCGCUCCAUUUUACCACAGCACUCUCUCCCCGUCGAAGACAAUAACAAUAAAAAACCUACAAAAAACA